CUUCCCCGCUUCCUCCCAGCCGGCUAUCCACCUCGGCAGCGAACCCACCUCUAAUUCAUUCGCUUUCAUCAACUGAUUCAUUUGGUUGUAAGAGGCUUAAGCCUGUUUUCACUUACAUAAUCCCGGGAAAGAAAAAGAACGGCAUCCUUGCGCCGUUAUUAACACAAAACGACGUUUUGAAUCUUAUUAUGAGGAACAUACGGAAUCAUUCGCGAAGCUGUGCUCACUUGAGAUCUCGCCAGAGUAUUGGUAACCGCAGCGCACAUAACUGGUGCUGACGUGAAAAAUGAGAAAAGCUAGAUUCAUCUUCAGAGGACCUUUAAAGUUGACAGCGUUAAUUGUGUUUUGUUUGAUUGGCCUUCGGACUCUGAUUAAAUUUCUCGACCAAGAUUAUGAGAAAAAUGACAUAUGGGACCUGCACAUGGUGAAAGGUGAAAAAAAUAAGAGUGCCCGAAAAUAUGCUGAAAAGGUAUUGGAACAAAAAUGUCGCCAGUCUUUCGUUCAGGAGCAGAUGGCUCUACUGUUUCCACAAAAAUAUGACCGUGACUUGCUUCCCUUUCUGGAAAGAAGUUCCAUUCUCCGUGAUGCUGUGUUCAAGUACAACACUCCCUUUGGAUUUAAGAAGCACCAAAAUACCUUUAAUCACCUCAUUGAUCUAAUGCCCAUGGUAUCGCUACCGGAAGAACUGGAACGAAAUCCAUGCAAGAGAUGUAUUGUUUUAGGAAGCGGUGGAAUACUACGAGGAUUAGGUCUUGGACCCUACUUGGAUAGAUUUGAUGUUGUUAUCAGGCUGAACAAUGCACCAAUCCAAGGAUUUGCCCAUGAUGUUGGUAAUAAGACAACUAUCCGAAUGAGCUACCCAGAGGGAGCACCAAAAUCUCCUUUGGAGUAUGAUCUGUAUAUGCUGUUUGUUGCUGUAAUGUAUAAGGGAGUAGAUUUCAGCUGGCUGAAAGCUAUGAUCAAAAAAGAACAAGUGUCAUUUUGGGAAAAUUUCUGGUUCUGGAAAGAAGUUGCAAAGGAAAUACCAAUUAAACCAACACAAUUUCGAAUACUAAACCCAGAGAUCAUAAAGGAGACAGCAAUUGAUCUGCUGCAGCUACCUGAACCUCGACCAAAACUGUUUGGAUGGGAUCAGAAUAUUCCUACCUUGGGAGUCAGUGCUGUUGUUCUGGCGACUCAUUUAUGUGACGAAGUCAGCUUGGCAGGAUUUGGAUACAACAUAAGCCAGCCAGAGAUGCCUUUGCACUAUUAUGAAAAUGUCCCGAUGACUGCUAUGAAAGCUCAAACUAUGCACAAUGUGGAUAAAGAGAGGCAGUUCCUAGAAAACUUGAUUAAAGAAGGUGUUGUGACAGAUCUCAGUGGAGGGAUUUACUGCAAAUUUUGCAUUUGA